AUGGCUUAUGCUAAUUGGGAUGAGUAUGUGAGGGCAUUGGGAAGUAGAUUUGGAGAUCAUGCUUUUGAUGACCCAAUUGCGGAAUUAAGAAACUUGAAACAAUCAGAUUCCUUGCAGGAAUACUUGAAUCGCUUUGAUGAUCUUUAUCCGAAAGCAGAUAAAAAUGAGAAAGAGGAAGAGUUGAUGCAAGAAAUUGGCAGUGAAAGAAGAAAGCAAGUACUGGAGGUUACAGGAAGAAUAUUGGAAGCAAAUUUUCCUCAUCUAUACUGGACUCCAUGUGCAGCCCAUUGUAUAGAUUUGAUGUUGGAGGAUAUCUUUAAGAUUUGUGUUUUCAAAGAAACAUUCCGCAAAGCUGUUGAGCUUACCGGUUUCAUACAUGGCUCUUCAGGAGUUCUAAAUAUGUUGCGGAAAAAGCCAACAUUAGAAAAAAUGUUUACUUCGGAAAGUUGGACAACUAGUAAAUGGGCUAAAGAGGUGAAAGGCAAAAAGUGUGAAAGGACAAUUUUGAGUCCUGCCUUCUGGAAUCAUGUUGUUUAUGCUCUUAAGGUUUCCGGUCCUCUUGUUAGUGUGCUUCGACUUGUUGAUAAUGAAAAAAAACCAGCUAUGGGAUAUAUUUAUGAAGCCAUGGAUAGGGCUAAAGAAGCCAUUGCCAACUCACUCAAUGACAAUGAAGAGAAAUACAAGAGCAUUUUUGAGAUUAUUGAUGCGAGAUGGUCACUUCAAUUGCAUCGUCCUUUGCAUGCUGCCGUAUACUUUUUGAAUCCUGAAUUUUUUUAUCCAAAUAAGAUGAGAAUUGAAUCUGAUGAAGGGGUCAAUACAGGAUCGCUUUCGUGCAUUCAUAAAAUGAAAAAAAAUUCAGCAAAAGUUGACAUGAUUCUUAAUGAAAUUGAGAGAUACAAGGCAGCUACAGGGACCUUUGGUUUUCCUUCUGCUAUUAGAGGAAGAACAACCAAAUCUCCAGCUGCUUGGUGGAAAACAUAUGGUUCUUCAACUCCAAACCUACAAAAGUUUGUUGUAAAGGUUCUGAGUCUCACAUGUAGUGCAAGUGGUUGCGAAAGAAAUUGGAGUGUAUUUGAGUAUGUAAGUAAUAUAUAUAUAUAUAUAUAUAUAUAUAUAUAUAAAUUCUUAAUUUGUUAUUUUAUCUUGAGCCUUUUGAGUUUGAAGUUUAACUUAUUUGUUACUGUAAAAUAAAUGACAGCUUCAUAGUAAGAAAAGAAAUCGGUUAUUUCAAUAACGCUUGGACAAUUUGGUAUAUGUGAAAUACAAUAGAGCGUUGCUACACCGACACACUUUUGGGGAUAUCACAACACCUAUUGAUUUGGCAAAUAUUGAUGAAAGUAAUGAAUGGUUGCUUGGUGAAUUAGAAAAAGGCGAUGGGGAUGAUGAUGAUGAUGAUUCUCUUGUUUUCAUUAAUGACGUAUUGACCUGGGGUGAUGUU